AUGGGCAACACCUCCAGGAAGGAGGAAGGAGAGGAGGAAGGAGAGGAGAAGGAAGCAGAGGAGGCCGAGAUCGUACCGAAGAAGAAAGUGGAGGAGGAGGUGGAGGUUGAGCUUCCGCUGGGGGUGGAGGAGUUGUUGGAGAGUGGAGACCCGGUGUUGGAUUUGAGUUAUCGGAAAUUCAAGCGCCUUCCAGCGCGUGUUUGUGGCCUGAUGCAUCUGGAGAAGUUGUAUGUUUGUGGGAACAGCUUGAGGACUCUGCCUGACAACAUCUCGCAGCUGCAGGGUCUGAGGACCCUUGCUCUGGACUUCAACAAGAUGGAAGAUGUUCCUCUCGCUGUGUGCCAGCUGACUCAGCUCACACGACUGUAUCUGGGCAGCAACCGUCUGAUGGACCUCCCACCCGAGGUCAAGAACCUGCGGAGUCUCCGCUGCUUGUGGGUGGAGAGCAACUACUUCCAGAGGUUUCCUCGAGAGCUCUACGACCUUCCACAUCUCAAGUCCCUUCAAAUUGGAGACAACCGGCUGAAAACGCUGCCUUCGGACCUUCCGCGCAUGGAGGCCUUGAGGGGCCUUUGGCUUUAUGGAAAUCGGUUCCAAACUUUCCCCAAAAUCCUGCUGCACAUGGAAAAUUUGGAGAUUCUUGAUGUGGACCGCAACAAGAUCACAGAGUUCCCAAGUCUGAAACGUCUCAAAAGCCUCCGCCUCUUCUCCUACGACCACAAUCCCGUCACAGAACCCCCUAAAGUAGGCGAGGAGGUGCUGGUGGUGGGAGAAGGAGCUGCAGAGUUCCUAGAGGCUCGUGAGGCCAAGAAUGAGAGGAGGCGAAAGGCGGCGGAGGAAGAGGCAGAAGAGCUGGCUCGGGCAGAGGAGGAGCCGGUCAUUCACGGCAUUCUGAAGCACAGCAGCUCAAACCGAACCACCAGCGAGUCGGCGGUGACCUCUGAGGAGGCUGGAAUGCAGGGGGAAGAGGAGCUGGCACAAGAGGAAGAGGAUGAGGAGCUGUUGGUCAUGGAGUAUGACGGCGCUGAGCUCGAAUAUGACGAGGACGGGGUGGAGUAUGAGACAGAGGAGCUGAUCUGUGAAGGUGAAGGGCUGGAGUAUGAAGGAGAAGAGCUGGAGUAUGAGAACGCGCCGAUGGACUACGAGUAUGAAGAGGGGGUGGUGGACAGAGAAUAAGGGCUGCAUCACAUUACAAAUGGUUGUAUCUCGAUUUUCAAUGGUGCUCACUGACCCUAUCAUUACAGUGAAGAUCAGAAUUCACUGGGAUUUGUACGCUGCUGCGUUCAAAUUGUAACUUCUACAGCUGGUGAAAACUGCGAUCUGC